AUGACGCAAAGCUUUCAACCCGUGUUUAGCUAUGGGAUAUCACAUCAUAUUGUUCCAAAUUGUGCUCGAUUUGGUAGUACAGAUAAUACAGAGCAAUCUCAACUUGUCGUUGCAACUACAACGAAUAAGAUUAUAAUUCAUGACAGUGAAAUAAUUCUUAAUAUAAACGAGAAAAUUCAAGCCUUGGAAGUAACGAAAUUAUUUGGUACAUAUGAUGUCAUUAUUGUUGGUACAGUAUCAAGCAUCUUAGUAUACGAUGCUUACAAAAAUAUCAGCGUGUUUAAGCGUGACGUUGCGGAUGGCGUAAACUGUAUUCAAGUUGGAAAUUUUAGUACUUACGAAAAACUUAUUUUUUGUGGUGGUAACUGCGCGAUUUGGGGCUUCGAUAUUGAGGGAAAAGAUGUCUUCUGGACUGUCACAGGAGAUAACGUCUUAUCACUUUGCUUAUCAGACAUCGAUAAUGACGGAAUCAGUGAGUUAAUUGUUGGUUCAGAAAGUUUUGACAUACGUGUUUUCAAAGGAGACUUAUUACUUUAUGAAAUGACGGAAACAGAUGCUGUCAUUAACUUACAUGAUUUUGGUAAUGGCAUGUUUGCGUACGCUUUAUUGAAUGGUACGUUAGGAAUGUACAAAGGUAAUACACGUUUGUGGCGGAUCAAAAGUCAAAAUGAAGUUGCAGCACUUGCACAGUUUCCAGACGCCCAAACAGUAGUCUGUGCUUGGAUUAAUGGCAAGAUAGAAAUGAGGGAUUCGGAAACAGGCGAAGUGAAAGUGACGGAGUCAAUUGGUGAUGAUAUUGCCGCACUAUUUGUGAAUUCUGAAAAUCUCGUCGUCAUUUCAAAAGAUGGAAAUGUUCACGGUUUCGCAGGCCAAGUAGAAGAGAAAAUUAUUGAGAGCCAACAAAAUUUGCUGCAUGAGCUGAAUAUGAAAAAGUACAAAAUAUUGGCAGAAUUAAAAAACUAUGAACGAGAUGAAAUGGAAGUGGAAAAAACUACUGAAAAAGAAACAAAAUUUUUGUUAGAUUUUUUGAUUAUUAUGCUAAUUAUUUAUUUUCAGAUCGAUACAAAGUUGGAAAGCUGCUUACAAGUGGAUAGUCAAGCAAAACCACCAUGUAUUGAACUGCAGUUGAGUGCAUCUGGUGACGCUCUCAUCCGAGCAGUUAUUCUUUUCGCCGAAGGCAUCUUUAACGGCGAAUCUUACGUUAUACACCCAGAUGAAGAUUUAACUUCUAAUAUGGCAAUUCAACUUCGACCUGAAAAAGAUUUAGCUGUUGAUUUGCACAUUGAAGCAUUUCUAGGAGAUGCUCAUAGGUAUAGAAUUUUACUUUUGCUUUAUCAAGUAAACACUAAAGGUAUUUUUAAUAAAUAAUA